UGGUUACCUUCUUUGUUUUCUACUUCUUUUCCAAGAUCAUGACUGAGAGAUUGUUAAUAAAAGCAUUGAGUGGUGGUAAAAACACGAAGAUCAUUACUUUGAAUGGGAAGAAGAUGACAAAGAUGCCCUCAGCAUUAGGAAAACUGCCCGGCCUGAAGACUCUAGUCCUUCAGAAUAACCUAAUCCCUAAAGUGUGCCCAGAGUUACGCACCUUGACCCAGUUGACAACACUAAAUCUGGGAAACAACCUUUUAGAAGAAGUUCCGGAAGAGAUUAAAUAUCUUACAUCUCUGAAGACUCUCCAUUUAUCUGGAAAUAGGAUCUGCAGAUUUGCACCUGGAGCCUGUGAUGGCUUACAAAAUUUAAUACUGCUUAAUCUGAACAACAAUCAUCUUAUGCAGCUUCCUCAAGAAGUCAGCAGAUUAAAAAGUCUUACUUACAUGAGUAUAAAUUAUAACCAACUAGUCAGCAUUCCUAGAGAACUUUGUUUUCUUAAGAAUCUUGUUGAACUUCAACUUAACUACAAUCAGCUGAUAUGCAUACCUGAAGAGAUUAAGUUCUUGAAGAAGCUUCAGAAAUUUUUGCUAGCCAGAAACAACAUUGGAGUUUUGCCAGAGGAACUUUGUGAUCUUAAAAAACUAAGAAUCCUAGACAUAGCUGGAAAUAUUAUUCAGAUAUUUCCAUCAGGAUUUCAGGAUCUAAAGCUGAGGGAAUUCUACUGUGAGGGAAACCCACUGUUCCUGAAGCAGCCAGUGAUUUCUACACAACGGGAGAACGUCUGGAGUCUACAGGAAAUAACAUCAAGAUUUGUAAUGAAUCAGCUAGCAGAAAAUAACCCUUUCCUAAUGGAUGGCAUAGAACGGUACCCACAAGUCAGGAGCAUGAUCUCUCAGGGAAAAACAUGUGCAAUAUGUGGGCAGCACUUUAUAACCGUAUGGCUGGAAUGUGUUCGAUUUGUUUCUCCACCAAAGGACUGGAAGAUAAGCAAGAAUCUGCAGCUGGUGCCUCUCCGAGUGUUAAUUUGUUCUUACAAAUGUUUUACUCAACGUGACCCUAACCUUUUUGGAAUUGCUCAGGUUUAGAACAGGUGAGGUGCUCCUUCAUAGCCUCACUCAACUUGCCCUGUCAGCUCUGCAUACACAGAUUAUGCCCUACUUAGGAUACUAUGCUGUGCCUGUUCUCUUUGUCAACAUAUUAAAUAAAGGAAGAAAAAUAAUUCCAUUAUGAUGUUCCCAAUCUAAGCACUACAAUCUGCCUUUAGCUUGCUUAGAUUCUAGGUGUGCUUUUUUUGGCUUAAAAAAAGUAAAAAAAAAAA